CAGUGACACCACCCUGUAUAUCAUACUGCUUGUCCCACAAAAUAUUUGUUUGUCCCAAGAAUAAGCUCACAUGUUGCUCAAGGCAGCUGGAUAGCUACGCGCAAGAAACCCUUGGGCAGGCUACGCCCCCUCUUUCCCUGGCUUAUAUAAACCCUGCCCUACGUCCCAUCAGCAUCAUUGCAGCAAGCACACAGCACAAAUCAAGACCAAUUAGUGCUGUAGCUAGUGUGCUUUGGCAUCAGCUGCCUGAGCUCGAGAGAUGAAGGGUGCAAUGGCGGCCUUGGCCUUGGUGCCUCUCGCCGUUGCGGUUCUCUUCUCCUCCCUGCCGUCGUCGGCGGCGUCCCCUGUGCAGUGGGGGAAGCUGGACCCCCACUUCUACGACCACUCGUGCCCGCAGGCGCAGCAGAUCGUGGCGUCCAUCGUGGGGAAGGCGCACUACCAGGACCCCCGCAUGGCCGCCUCCCUCCUCCGCCUCCACUUCCACGACUGCUUCGUCAAGGGCUGCGACGCGUCGCUCCUGCUUGACAGCAGCGGGUCGAUCGUGAGCGAGAAGCGGUCCAACCCCAACCGGGACUCGGCCAGGGGCUUCGAGGUCAUCGACGAGAUCAAGGCCGCCCUCGAGGCUGCCUGCCCCGGCACCGUCUCCUGCGCCGACAUCCUCGCCCUCAGCGCCCGCGACUCCACCGUCAUGACCGGUGGGCCCGGGUGGAUUGUGCCUCUGGGGCGUAGGGACUCACGCGGCGCCAGCGUGCAGGGCUCCAACAACGAUAUCCCGGCACCCAACAACACCCUCCCCACCAUCAUCACCAAGUUCAAGCUCCAGGGCCUCGACAUCGUCGACCUCGUCGCACUCCUCGGUAGCCACACCAUCGGCGAUUCCCGGUGCACGAGCUUCCGGCAGCGUCUGUACAACCAGACGGGCAACGGCCUCCCGGACUUCACACUGGACGCGUCCUACGCAGCGGCGCUGCGCCCGCGCUGCCCCCGCUCCGGCGGCGACCAGAACCUCUUCUUCCUCGACCCCGUCACGCCCUUCAAGUUCGACAACCAGUACUACAAGAACAUCCUCGCCAACCGCGGCCUGCUCGCCUCCGACGAGGUCCUCCUCACCGGCAGCUCCGCCACCGCCGACCUCGUCAAGCUCUACGCCGCCAACCAGGACAUCUUCUUCCAGCACUUCGCGCAGUCCAUGGUCAAGAUGGGCAACAUCUCGCCGCUCACCGGGGCCGACGGCGAGAUCAGGAAGCACUGCAGGAGGGUCAACCACAAAUGAACUGAUCGCGGUUUGGUUCAGAGACACUUGGGAAAUUAAAUUGGCCGAGUGCUUCGAUUUGCUUAUUUCUCCAGCUUUUGAUUGCUUGGUUUGUUGAUUCAGUGCUCUCAUCAGCUUGUUGAGAUUUACCAUUUGUUCUCUUCAACUGUGUAUGUAUUUUUCUUGUCCAUGUGUUGUUAUUUAUUCCCUUAUGGAAAUGUUGUUCUUGCAUUGCUAGAGUAAUCCAUUUCUAUUGUAAGUUGGAGGGACAUUAUUGUUGGUUAAAUCAGCUUGCAGCCAAGAAAAUUUGGUGAAUAAAGUAAAUGUUUAGCCAUGUA